AGUCUGUAGUGUGUAGAUUUUUCUGUGAUUCUUCGCCAGUGGUCCGGUUUGUUUUCUUCGCAUAUUUUUUCGUUUAUGAAUUGAAAUUGCAAUAUUGUGCGAUAAAUUGUCAACUAACUUAAAAAUGAAUAUCACGUCUAAGAUAAUCGAGACUUACAAGUCCUUCACUAGUAUACCAACACUAGUGGCUGCUCAAAUAACUUCCAAAAAUGUUGUCAAUAGUGUUUGGACACAAAGAAACAUAGAAAAGGGCAAGCCAACCAAAUUCCAAAGAUCAAUACUGGUAUUGAAUGAUUUGAAAGAACCAGUUGAAACACAUCCAGUGGAUAUUAGUGAAGAAGUUUUGACUUCUACAUCUGCUUCAGAACAAUUUAGAGCUGUUCUCAAAGAGCAGAAUAGCAAACAAUUCCUUGAAGUCUGGCAAAAGUCUAGUUUGAUUCGAUGUGUGAAUCUAAACGAACUUGAUGUGCAUGGAAAUGUUUAUUCUGAUAUUGAGUUUUCUUCAUUUGAAUGGUCUCCUGAUGAGAAGAAAAUUUUAUAUGUUGCUGAAAAAAAGGUGCCAAAGAGUGAUCCAUAUCAUAAAAGGAUAACUGAGAAACCGUCAGAAGAGGGUGAUGGUGACACACCAAAACCAAGGGGUGAAGAAUAUGUUUUCACUGAAGACUGGGGUGAACAGCUGGUUGGUAAAAAGAAAUCCAUACUUGCUCAAUAUGAUAUUGAAAACGACAAAGUAGAGAUUCUAUCUGGCAUUCCUGAUGAUAAGUGUAUUGCUCAACCAAAAUAUUCUCCAGAUGGUUCUCACAUCAUUGGAGUGUCUUAUUCUAUUGAACCAAGAAGACUGGGAUUAAUUUAUUGCAGUAACAGGGACAGUACUUUGUUCACUUUGGACUUUGAAGGAAAUUACGUUGAACUUGGAUUAGAAAAAUCUUCCGUUAAAUCUCCGAGAUUUACUCCUGAUGGCAAGACAAUCAUUUGGUUGCAAAGAUCUGCUGGUGGACCUCAUGCCUCAGCAAUGGCAUUAAAGAAAACCCAAGCCCCUCUAAAAGAAAACUCAACUAUUGAAACUGUAGUAGAAAUUGUUGAGACUUCCAUAAAAAUAGAAAAUAAUAAAACAUUUUAUGGAUUGUAUAACACAGGCUUUCCUAAGCGCUGUUGGGCUGACAAUUGCACAUUGCUCUUGAGUACAAAUCAGAAAUACACAGCCAAUAGUUACUUAGUUAAUAUUGACACCGGAAAAAUCACAGAAUUAUCUAUAAAUGAUAAUAGUAGUUUGAUUGUAUUGGAUGUGUUCCAAGAUAAUGUACUUGUGGCUAAAAAACACGCCCUCAAGCCUGAUCAAUUGGCCAUCGGAAAACUGCCGGUUGGGAAGAAAAUAGAGACAGCAAUUAAUUUUACUAACCUCACAGAAAAAACGGUGCCAGAACUAGAAAAAAACAUUGUGGAGUUUUUAGACUUCAAGGUUGAUGGAGAUGAAGUUGAUGAAUUUAAUGCCAUUUAUAUUGGUCCCUCUGAGGGCAAGGAUGCUUCAGUCCCUCUGAUAGUAUGGCCACAUGGUGGUCCCCACAGUGCCUUCGCUAACACAUUUAUGAUGGAAGCUGCUAUGUUUUUAAGUUUCAAUUAUGGACUUGUGCUGAUUAAUUACAGAGGAUCAUUAGGACAGGGUUCAAAAAGUGUACACUACCUCUUAAACAAGGUUGGCACAGUAGAUGUUGCUGACUGCAUUCAAGCUGUUGAUGGUGUAGUAAAAAAAUAUCCGUGGAUUAAUCCUGACGCCAUGAGUCUUGUUGGCGGUUCACAUGGAGGCUUCUUGGUCACACAUUUGAGUGGGCAGUAUCCAGAUAAAUUUAAGUCUGUGGUAGCUAGAAAUCCGGUCAUUGAUAUUGCUUCUAUGACUACUGCUACGGAUAUUCCCGAUUGGUGUUAUGUGGAGGCUUGGUCUGAAUACCCAACAAAGGGAGCGAUCAACGAUGAGAUUUUAUUGGCCAUGCGAAAGAAAUCUCCAAUUGAACACGCCCAUGAAGUGAAAGCUCCGACUUUGCUACAGAUAGGAUCAAAGGAUUUAAGGGUGCCACCUCAUCAAGGAACUCACUAUUAUUUUACACUUAAAGCCAAUAAUGUGAAAGUCAAAAUGAACUUGUAUGAUGAUAAUCAUCCAUUAGGAACAGUACAUGUUGAAAUGGACAAUAUUAUUAAAACUUUGCUGUGGGUAUCUGAACAUAUUGGCAGGAGUGAUGAAUUGUAAUUGUUGAAUUAAUUUAACAAUUACAAAAAUAUAAUUUUGAAAUAAUUAUGUAUUUUUCCCAGUAUAUGUAUGCAUUAUUUUAAUAAAUUUACUUGGAAAAAAAACUUUAGUCGGUCAAUAAAUGUUACAUUAAUCAAA